CUUAACUGAUGGUCCUGCAGGUUAUCUCAGGUUAAAUCUCUGCGUGAAGCCUCACGUGUGUGUUUGUGUUUGUGUUGUGUCACUCCUCACUUGUGUGUUUGUGUAGUCUCCCUCCUUGGGCGUGUGUGUGUGUGUCUGUUUGUUUUCUCUGCCGCUGGUUUUCAAAGUGAAAGUUUACAGCCGGAACUCGUCAGAUCAUCGAAUCCGCUGCUCGGCUUAAGCCAAACAUCUGGAAGAAGAAGGUUCAACGAUGGGAAAAUGCCUACACUCCCAUUUGAAGGAUCCCAGAAUGAAUUCUGAGCUUGUAGAGAAGUUCAGAGAGAAACUGGACCACCUCACAAUCUCAGGUAAAGGACAUUACAUGACACCACUUGUGUAUCAGGGUUUAAUGAUGACUGUUGUGUCUUUAGAUCACCACGGCCUCCGCAGUCCAGGUCUGACCUGUUACCUGAACACUGUGCUGCAGCUGCUUUUCAUGACGGAAGACUUCCGGGACUCGAUCAAACGGUGCUGCAGCAAAGACUCCACAACCAUUGAUGCACUGCUGAAAAAACUGUUUGACGACCUGGAGAUAGGUUUGGCAAAAACACAUCGUCUUACAAGAAAGCUGGGGAUCGUAGAUGUGUACGAACAACGUGACGCUGCUGAGUACUUUGAGAAGAUCCUGUGUCUGACCAGUCCGGAGGCGUCCAAGAUAUUUAAGGGCGAGCUGAAUCAUAAAACCACAUGUGGCGGGUGUAAGAAGAAGAGCGACUCCAAGGGCUUCUUCUGGAUUCUGCCUCUCCCGAUGGAAGAUUCAAGCCGUCAUACCUUCAGCGUGGAGCGAGGGUUGAUGGCGUUCUUCAGGAAAGACAAAGUCUACGGAGAAAACAGGAUGUACUGCACCGAGUGCGAUAAGAAGCACGACGCAGACCUUGAAUGUGAGAUGACACAAAACCCAGAGAUUCUCACGCUGCUGCUGAAGAGAUUUACCUUCGAAUACAAGAGCAGACACUACGUGAAGCUUCACUGCCAAGUGAAGGUUCCUCAAACUUUGCACAUAAAGGACUGUAAGUAUGACCUCUACGCUUUAGUUAACCACUUUGGGAAUCUCACUGGAGGUCAUUACACUGCAGAGAUCAAGUCUUUUGAAACUGGGGCGUGGUAUUGCUUCAACGACGACACUGUUGGCAAGGUCAAACCACUCUUUAGGUCUGGAAACGGCUCAGUGAGGUCCAAUACAGCGUAUCUUCUCCUGUACAGGAAGGAUGUCAAGGCUGAAAGACGACUCAACGAGGCAGAGCGAGGAGAGACUCCUGAUCCUCAUCGUACACCGAGGGAUGAAAGUGGCUGCGGAGGGGAAAACGUGAAUCACUUGAAGAGGAGCUGCGGUGGCGACGACUCUCCUUGGGAACUGGAACAGCAGCCAAACCAGGGAGAAGCGUGUGGGAGACACAAAGACACUGAAGUAGACGGAGACACGUUGCUGACAGAAAAGUCACGUUUCUCAAAGUCGCAAAAAGAUGGACGUUGUGAGCCAAACAGACGGCAUCUGAAAACCAAUUUGGAGCACAUCAGAACACCCUUUGUGGAAAAUACGUGUGAACAAACCCAUAGUUACCAGGAUAAGAGGCAACAGCCAGAGGAUAUUACCUGGGAAAAGACUGGCAGCAGCCCCAGAGUCAAACCGUCAGAAAGUAAACGUGUGAAAAAUAAAAGGGAGGCAGCCGCAGAGAUAAGCUUAGGAGGAAAAGGUACUGUAAAGCCGUGUCAAGUUUCCUCCAUUUACUAUAGUAACUGCAGAGUGAAUGAACCCGCUGCCUGUGGCUCCUCACCCCCCCUCAGGAGAUAUUCAGGCAAGGUAAAGAGAAACGAAGGUGAAGGCAGGAAACUGGAGGCCACGCAAAAUGGGACGGCCAGAGCAAAGACGCCAAGUGAGAGGAAGAGAAAACACACGAAAAAGAACCAGGAGAAAAUAAAACCACCGCCGUGGAGGUGACUAGAUAAACAAGGUCGAUAUUUUUUUAUUUAUAAGUUGGAUUGGAAGCUGAAGGACUCUGGAAAAUUGGGUCUGGACAUUUCUCUAGUCUCUGCAACGGAGGAUUCUGAGAAAAAAGUAAUAGUAUUACAAGAAUAAAGUUGUAAAUGUACGAGAAUAUUGACCCUAAUGUUGGUUAAUCCUUUUUAGCAAGGAGUUCGGUGAAACCUGAGUUUAAAACCAAGAAUCAACAUCCAUGGUCAGGUUCAGAGUAGAGAUAUUGUGUCCUACAGUUGUGAAACACGUUCAUACCAGGAAA